AUGGCGAUUGUUCCCAUUCAACAUGAGUAUAUGAGCGGUAACUUUGCUCCUGUAUCCGAUACACAUAGCUUUGAACCAUGUUAUUGCAUUGGUCGUAUCCCCAGGGAACUCAGCGGUGGGCAAUAUGUUCGUAAUGGGGGAAACCCUGUGAUUACAGUUGAUAUCCCUGGUAAGGCACACUGGUACGACGGGGAUGGGAUGCUCAGCGGGGUAUAUUUCAGAUCCUCACUGGACGGAGCACAUCUUGUGGCUGAAUAUUCCAACCAAUAUACGGUGACAGACGUGCUCCUUGCAACUAUGGACCGUCCGACCCUAGAGGAGCCCAUUCCCCUUAGUAUUGCUACUCUGUUGAACCCAAAUACUACGCUAGGUCAAUUUCUGAAGCGGUUAUGGCGAAUGUCUCAGACGAUUGUGACGAGCUAUUGGCAGAGCCAUACCCGUGCCAUCAAGAGGAUUAGUGUGGCAAACACCAAUAUCAUAUACCAUGAUGGCCGGGCUCUCGCACUCUGCGAAAGUGGGCCACCUUUGAGGGUCUCGCUGCCUAGUCUUGAGACGGUUGGGUGGUUCAAUGGAUUGACUGCAGAAGGAGAGCCAAUGGGCAACUCUGACAUCAUGGGGUUCGGACAUUCUGGUCUCUUCCGGCUCUUCCAGGAGAUGACAACCGCACAUCCCUGUGUUGACCCACACACGCAUGAGAUGAUAUUAUUUCAUUCGGUUUUUAUGCCACCAUACGUCUCCUAUUCAGUCCUACCAAAGCGGAACAAGAUGUUGUGCCGGCCAGCAAACAUGUUUCUUAAUGUACCUGUACCAGGCCUAUCGUCACCUAAGGUGAUGCACGAUUUUGGAGUUUCACGAAAAUAUACCGUGAUGAUUGACUUACCUCUUACUAUUGAGUGGUCGAAUCUCUGGUACACCAAGCCCGUGAUUAACUUCGAUGGCGGCAGCAGGACUGCGUUCGGUAUUUUCCCCCGAUAUAAUCCAGACGAGAUCCGCUGGUUUCACACCGACGCAUGCUGCAUAUUCCAUACUGUCAAUACAUGGGAUACAGAACCCUCAAGCGACGAAAAUGGUCUUCAACCAUACGUAAAUAUGCUUGUGUGCCGGAUGAAUACCCCUGCCAUUCUCUACACAACUGCUGACCUGGAUCCACCGGUGGGUUCAGAUAAUUCUGCGCAAGACGAGACUCCACAGUGUCGCCUUUACUAUUAUCAAUUUGACCUAACUCAUCCCUGGAAUCUCAUCUCCCAUCAAUGGGCGCUUUCCGCGAUCCCGUUCGAGUUUCCGCAUGUACCAAAGCACCGGGCAAUGUCAGCGACAAGGUACGUUUAUGGCUGUUCCACUACGAAGGGAUGCUUUGGCACAGCACUUGGACAAGGCGUCAAGAUCAACUGUCUAGUGAAGGUGGACACCAGCAGCUUAAUUCAGCAGGGGUUGAAGGCGCCCCCUGACCCUAUUGUUGGUUGCGUGGACUGUCGAUCGGUACAUGAUAUUGUCUACCACCGAAAGCCGAAUGAUCCUAUUAGUAUAUUCCAAUUGCCCGUCGGUUGGUAUGCUCAGGAAUGUUCAUUUGUGCCUCGGCAAGGGAGCGUGGAUGAAGAUGAUGGUUGGCUGCUGAGCUUUGUGUUCGACGAGUCACAACUGGACAGUGCAGGUGUGGCGGUGAGCGAUGCCCGUAGCGAGCUAUGGAUAAUCGACGCAAGGAGCAUGCAGACGGUGAUCGCUCGAUUGGUGUUGCCACAACGAGUCCCUUAUGGGAUGCAUGGGAACUGGUUCUCCCGUGAAGAAAUCGAAGAUCAACGGGCUGUGGAAUCCUACCGUCGUCUUCUCAGAAAGUAAACCUUUAUCAAUUUGAUUGUUGGCUAUUAUUGUUGGUUUAUUGUAUACUGACUGUCAAUUUGCG